AUGAUAAGAAGGAUGCAGUACCGGUGUGUCAUCUACUGCAUUCUCCUCUCCUCUGUCCUCAUCCAGUAUAUUCUGGACUGGAUCUGCCAUGCUUUGUUGGAGCAGGACGAGGACUCUCUUCACUACGCUGCUCUGAACGUGCAGUCUUCCUCCAGACGACAGAGAGUCACGGCUCAGACAGACUGUGUUUACUCCAGAGUUCACCUGUAG